AUUAAGAAUGACCCAAAAGACAUCACAGCUUUGUUCCAGAGCCAAUGUUUAUACUCAAGUGCCUGACGGAGGAUGGGGCUGGGUGGUAGCUGUCUCUUUUUUCUUCGUUGAAGUCUUUACCUACGGCAUCAUCAAGUCAUUUGGUGUCUUCUUUAAUGACUUAAUGGACAGUUUUGAUGAAUCUAAUAGCAGGAUCUCGUGGGUCAUAUCAAUAUGUGUAUUUGUCUUAACAUUUACAGCUCCCCUUUCUGCUGUCCUGAGCACCCGUUUCGGACACCGUCUGGUGGUGGUGGCAGGGGGCCUGCUUGUCAGCACGGGAAUGGUGAUGGCCUCCUUCUCCCGGGAGCUCUACCACAUGUACAUCUCAAUCGGCAUCAUAUCCGGUUUGGGAUACUGCUUUAGCUUCCUACCAACUGUCACCAUUUUAUCUCAGUACUUUGACAAAAAGCGCUCUGUGGUCACUGCACUUGCUUCCACGGGAGAAUGCUUCGCGAUGUUUGCUUUCGCCCCAGCAAUCACGGCUCUGAAGGACAGCAUCGGCUGGAGAUACAGUCUCCUCUUCGUGGGCCUGCUGCAGCUGAACAUCGUUGUCUGCGGGGCACUGCUAAGACCAAUUAUUAUCAGGGGACCAGGGUCCCCGAAAGCAACCGCCCACGAGAAUCGGAAAGAAGUGCAAUAUAUGCUCGAAAAUGAGAAAACACGCACCUCAAUAGACUCCAUUGACUCAGGAGUAGAACUAACUACCUCACCGAAAAAUGUGCCUAGUCACGCCAACACAGAACUGGGGCCGAAGGCCGACAUGCAGCAGAUCCUGGUGAAGACCAGCUCCAAGCCCAGUGAUAAGAAAGCCCCUUUAUUGGAUUUCUCAAUCUUGAAAGACAGAAGUUUUAUCUGUUACGCAUUAUUUGGUCUUUUUGCAACACUGGGGUUCUUUGCACCUUCCCUGUACAUCAUUCCCUUGGGCAUCAGUCUAGGCAUUGAGCAGGAGCGAGCUGCUUUUCUGUUAUCCACAAUGGCCAUUGCCGAAGUUUUUGGAAGGAUUGGAGCUGGUUGUGUCCUCAACAGAGAGCCCAUUCGCAAGAUCUACAUCGAACUCAUCUGCGUCAUCUUACUAAUGGUGUCUCUGUUUGCCUUCACUUUCGCGACCGAAUUCUGGGGUCUCAUGUCAUGUAGCAUCUUUUUUGGUUUCAUGGUUGGAACAGUAGGGGGUACGCACAUUCCGCUGCUCGCCGAAGACGAUGUCGUGGGAAUCGAGAAGAUGUCUUCUGCUGCUGGUGUGUAUGUCUUCAUUCAGAGUAUAGCAGGACUGGCCGGACCACCCCUUGCAGGUCUGCUGGUGGAUCAGAGCAAGGUUUACAGCCGCGCCUUCUAUUCCUGCGCGGCCGGCAUGUCCGUGGCCGCCGUGUGCCUCGCGCUCGUGAGACCGUGUAAACAGGGACUGAGCCAGUGUCAUCCUGCGGGCCAAGGACAGGCGGAGAGUCCUCGCGGGAAAGCUCUACGGGACAUCCCCGAAGACUUUCUCGAAAUGGACCUUGGGAAAAAUGAGCAUAAAGUCCACGUGAAAAUGGAGCCAGUAUGA